AGAGUCAGAAAGCGAACGGGGCUCUGAGACUCGCAGUGGGCUAACAGGAAGACUGAAUUCACUCUUUAAGCGCCGCAACCGACAAUGUGUAAAGGAUUAGCCGCUUUACCCCAAACCUGCCUUGAAAGGGCCAAGGAGAUCAAGUCGAAAUUGGGAGUUUUACUGCAGAAGCCGGAAAAUGCCAUCGACCUCAUCAUCCCCUACCCCGAGAAGCCGGAGAAGAAGCCGGAGAAGCUGCAGAAGCCUGUUCCCGAGGAGGCUGCUCAGUGGCGUGAGAGUCUGGACAAAGUCCUGAACAACAGCUAUGGUCUGACUGCUUUCCGUAGCUUCCUGCAGUCUGAGUUCAGUGACGAGAAUAUUGAGUUCUGGAUGUCCUGCGAGGAUUUCAAGAAGACCAAGAACCCUGUGAAGAUGGCCGCCAAGGCCAAGAAGAUUUACGAAGACUUCAUCCAGUCUGAGGGACCUAGAGAGGUGAACAUUGACCACUUCACCAAGGAUGUGACCCUGAGGAACCUGGUGGAUCUCUCCCCUGCGACCUUUGACCUGGCCCAGAAGAGGAUCUAUGCCCUGAUGGAGAAGGACUCCUUCGGUCGUUUCCUCCGGUCUGAGCAGUACCAGGAGCUCCUGGUCAACUAAGUCUGAGCGGGAGUCUGAGGAGCUGGGGUGGGGGGGCGGGGAGGUUUCAAACAGCAGUUAGUUAACAUGAAAAUAACAGGAAACUACUUUUUUAAUUAAAUAUUUCUAAAUAAACUACGUUUGUGUAAGACAGCUCAAGAAGCGGAGACUUUUAUUUUACAAAAUAUCCAAAACACGAAGGGUGAGAAAAUUAGAUUUCCAAAUUCUACUUCAAAUGUAACUAAAGGGAAAGACUGCCUUUUGAAAAUGCCUUACCUCCCCACCCAACACACACACACACACACACACACACACACGGACACACACACUCACAUUCUUGAACUUCUAUACUAGUGAAGACCUUCCAAUCAUUCCUUUCCUCAUUUGUCAAAAAUAGCCUGGUUCACACACAAAGGUAGAAGAACAGGAACACACACACACACACACACACAAAUGUACACACAGAAACAAGAUCCACAUCCAAACCAGCCCAGUUUCAUGCCAAAGUGUGCAGUUGACCUGCUGUUCCACUAGAGGAGAGUGUGUCAGUGUUGUGUUUUGCUUCACAAAGGCGCAAAAAGUGUAUGAAGGUGCAGAGAGGACAAAGAGAGUAUGCAGGGCAACAAAGUCCACCAAUGGUUGGAGGUCAAUGCACACCUGCCGAACACACAGGACCCUCCCACAGGAGACCUGGGUUCAAUUCCCAUGUGAAACCAGUUGCCACUGUUGAUUGUUCUACGGAAGAAGCAAUUGCAAAAGCAAAAUUAAGCUAAACCAUGAUCUUUUCUUUAAUCUAAACUUAACUAAGUACUUUUGGUGCCUAAAGCUAGCAAAACUGCGACCGUCACCUGACAUGAUUCUCAGCCAGCUUUAAUUUGAAAAACUAACAGGACGUUGCAUAUUUAUUAUUGAUGCUUGACCGCGGAUGAGAACGUGUCCUUUUCAUGCCUUGGCCAGGCAAAACGUGACACUGCACUGUAUUGCACGCCUUGGCAUGAUAACAGGUUGUCAAAACAAACAACAAUGUGUUUGUAUGAAGAACACACAGCUCGGUCUUUUCAACUCGGCCAUGAAGUCAGUUCAUCAGCUUCUGGAUGCAUGCCAAGUGUUCAUGGAACGAGCCCGUGAAAACAAUAUCUGACAACAUGCACAGGUGUGUACACUUGUGCAUCAAAGAUAUUGUUGCAACUUUGCCAGACCCGCCUAGUCAGGUGUAUGGUUUCGUGUCAACAUGACCCCAUUGGCUCCCAUGCAUUCUGCAGACUCCAAGGGCUUUCUAGUCCUUCUUUGGCCUGCUCAAUAUUGCCUUCACUAUCAACAAACAAUAUCUGAUCUGAAAAAUCCACAAAGCAUCCCAAGUAGACCAAUAACAGUGUUGCAGUGUUCACACAGCCUGAGAAGUGGCAUCGCAUACCUACAGUACACCUUAGGUAGCAAAGCAAAAAACACACAAGUAUAAAUUAGUUUUAAUGCACGACCGUUUUUUGCUACUUUGGUGCCCCAGGCCAGAAAUCCAUUGAAGGGAUUAAUCUCUUCAUUAUAAUAUUUUCUUAUAUUUAUAUUACAAAUUAACUUUAUUCAACUUUACUCCCCUUUUGGUCUGUGUCAUGUCAUCAACACUCCAUGCGACCGCCUAGCUCAUCGAUGUUGGCCAUGUGGAUUCUUUUCAAUAGAAAGCAAACAUUCGCUAAAGGUCAUGUUAUGAACUACAUCAAAAUAAACCAAGUUAAAAUAUGAAAUUAAUGCAAAGCAUUCUGCAGUUUUGACCCCAAAAACAUUCCCCUUAAGUGCACAGAAAUGUUAAAUCCUCUGAUAACAAUACAGUGGCCAGUUUUGGCUCUCAUUCCCUUGCCGCAGACAUAAAAGUCUCAUUGAGACAGACGUCAGAGUGAUAUUUAAGUGCUUUGUGGUUUUCCCAAGAAGACUAAAAGGUAUUAGUGCCAUUCUGAGUGCCUGGAAUUAAUAUGACCCUAAAAACCUUUCCUGUUUAUGAGAGAAAACCAUUGGGAAAACUCUAAAUAGACUGACAGCUGGCUGUUUCAAUUAGUGGAGCCGUUGAAUCAUUUCCAGCGAGGAUCAAAUAUUUUGUCAUUUUAACAAAAUAACUUGUAACAGAGUGGACCCUCCUCCAUUAUCAUUGCAUGACUAAUCAUUAUUGCAUAACACUCCUUUUGUCUCCUCCACUCUCUCACACUCACAUACACAGUAAGCUUGGAUUUUCACCAAACCCUUUUUGUUGCGAUGCAUCCUGUGAGAGACAUCCUUGAGAACAGUGCUGGCUGGUUGGCCCAGUGGUCGAGCUCCUUGGCUGCCACUAAACUGCAAGUUGCUAAGAUGGGAAAAUCAAGUAGGAGGGAAUGUCAGAAAAAGAAGCGAACAUAGCCGUGAUUUUAACAGAGAAAGGUCUGUUUCCCAUGUGAUAAUACCAAAGUUGCAUGUAUGCAUGCUGAGUUACUAAGAAUAUCUGGUUUUAGUGCUAAUGCUCCAAUAAAAAAACAUGGGAGACCGAACUUGCAUGGUUUCAGCACUAGAGAAUGCCAACACUGAUCAUUGAGAAUCAUUUUGUUAUGGGCUUUUUAAUUACAAGCCAUGGAACAUAUCAUAUUUAAAGUCUAAAAUCAAAGUUUAAAGUCAUCGAAGGAAAUAUCGGCAUUGCAAUCUCACACGUACAUAUACCUUUCACUUUCUUUAUGUACUUACUUUCCAGGUUAACACUCCACACUUACAGCCACAAGUUAUUAUUCACUACCACACACUGUAAUGAAACACUGGUAAUCACCUAAUUUACACUAAGCUGAGACGUAGACGGAUGUGAUGGUGGAUUCGGUGUCGGUGUGCGAUGUUGAGGUGUCCUAAAUAUACACAUUUAGUUGAAUGUAGUAAUCAUAAAGUGUGAUUAUAUUUACUCUUUAAUGCUUUAUAUUGAAAAAAAGCAUAUAUGUCUUAACCAACACAAGAAUAUUGUUAUAUAGUUUUUCAGCACUUUUUAAGCCCUUAUUGUUCAUUAAUAUCCAACUAUUCCACACUAAUCUGAAAAAGUACAAACGCUAUUGAUCAGGAGGGACAUACUUUUCGAACUUCUUCACUGAAUUUUUGAAUGUGUAACUUCAGGGCAUUGGAACGACCCACAAAUCUAAAGAAAAUCUAAGAGAUUUGUUUCUAAACAGCACUGACGAGUGUUUAUCAUGGCACAGAUUGGCCAGUCUGGUGUCGCAAACUGAAGUGCUUGUAAGUCAACAAUUACGUCACGGAAAAAUCAAUAAGGGCUUUAACAGUGCUAAGUAUGCAUUAUUUGAUGUAGCCUUGCAUGUACGUUUUGGAGUCGACCACAUAAAAAUAUAUAUGCAUACAAUUCCUGAAGAUGUAUUUAUUUUACCUGUAAAUAUCAACUCUUUACAAGCAAUUGUGUCUAAGUUAUUCUUACAUACGACAAUGGAAACCGCGAUUCUUUGAAUGGAGAGCUGGCAAGGACUCUUCUCAGUCUUUUCACUGCUAUAAAUGAAGA